GGAAUCUGUUUCUGUUUCAUAUUCUUCUUCAUAGUAUCAGUGAACCAUGGCUAGGAAUGGGGAUCGGAGAAUCAUACCCGUUCGGUCGUUUUGCACCCUCGCAUUUGUAGUUUUUUUGUGUUGCAGUUGCUUUAGUACACUUUGUUCUGCAGAUGUGCGUAAGAAUGAAUACCAACUGUUUAAGGGGGAUGUUACCACCAUGGAUGACGCUUAUCUGAAUCCCAUUUCACGCGGGGAUGGUUACGUACUUAUCAUCGUCGCUUUGCUAACAUUGUUUAUGCUGAUAUUUGGUGUGCUAGCUAUUUUUUGCUGCCGCAAACCGGACGUUCCAGUGCCUCACUACCGAUAUUGCUACCAAAGAUGACAUAUUAGAUAUGCCGUACCCUUUGCAGAAGAUACUAUAUCUAUCGAUCUAUCUAUAUAUAUCGGGAGUCUGUUUUUGUUGGUCUGUUUUUUCUUUCAUUGGCUCACUAGGCAAUAUAUAGAUCAUAAGAUGCUGUUUUUUGAAAUAUCAUCGAAUGUUGACUCGCUCGAAUAUUGCUGAGAUAGAUAACAAUGAAAGUAAAACGGCUUAUCCAUCCCUUCUCAAAUAUAUACACCUUAUCUUUACAUCCAU